AUGUUUACUUUGACACCACCUCUGAACAGAGGCAUGACGGUGUUUAACCGUGAUGCCUUUAAGAAAGUGUUAACAGUAAAAGCAGUAAAGGUGCCUUCAAAGAAGGUUCAUUUGUUUACAAAGACUUUAUCAAUGAGUUUAUUCAAUCAACCGAGAUUCCGUAAUGUUUUCUCUGCACCUGAUGAUAAUGAUGCAAGGUUGGUGUUGUUAAGAGGGGAUUUAGAAAGUAUAGAGGAACUAUCACCAACAGAACAGGAACUAAUAAAAAAUGAGGCACUGGGCUUUGUUUCUCAUGAAAUCACUUUAGACUAUGACUACUGGAACUCUGAACAAAUACUUCGAUCUGUUAUUCCAGAAGAACUCGAGAUUCCCUCGUCUUUUACGCAGAUUGGACAUAUUGCACAUUUAAACCUAAAGGAACAGUAUUUUCCAUGGAAAAAGAUAAUCGGUCAAGUUAUUUUAGAUAAAAACAAGUAUGUCAAAACUGUUGUGAAUAAAACCGAUCAAAUAGAUACUACAUUUCGCUUUUUCAAAAUGGAAGUAUUAGCAGGUGAAGAUGAUAUGAUCGCUGAAGUGAGAGAAAAUGGAUGUAGAUUCAAAUUUGACUUUUCAAAGGUGUAUUGGAACUCACGAUUACACACAGAGCAUGAGAGAUUGAUCCAACUGUUUAAGCCAAAGGAAUAUGUCUGUGAUGUGUUUGCAGGAGUGGGUCCGUUUGCUAUCCCAUCAGCCAAGAAAGGAUCGAUUGUAUAUGCUAAUGAUCUUAACCCUGCUUCAUUUGAGUGGAUGAAAGAAAAUAUUAAGAUAAACAAGUUAAAGAGUGGUAUUCACCCUUACAACAUGGACGGAAGAGAGUUUAUCAGACAGGCAGUAAAAGAUCUUCAAUCAACAUCAGAAAACGAAUGGAAGACAUUUGAUCACUUUGUAAUGAAUUUACCAGCAACAGCUAUCGAGUUCUUGGAUGCUUUCCGUGGAGCGUACUAUGAUUAUAAGCACUUGUUUAACGCAAACUCCAAGCUUCCUUACAUCCACUGCCAUUGCUUCACCAAAAGCCCCGAUCCCAAUCAAGAUAUCAUUGAGCGAGUGACUAAAGUGCUAGGAGAGACACCUGAUCCUGUCAAGACCAAUCUUCACUAUGUUCGUAAUGUAGCACCCAAAAAAGACAUGUACUGUAUAUCAUUUCCACUUAGUGACAAGGUUGCAUUUGCAUCACCAGAGUAA